AUGAGCCAAUUUACUCAAAAGCAGUGGUUUACGCUAAUAGUUAUUUGUGUAGCUAAUUUUGCCAAUGCCAUUUGCGUAUCACUUCAAGCACCAUUCUACCCAGCAGAGGCUGAAAAAAAAGGCGCCACCGCAACGGAAUAUGGCUUGGUUUUUGGUAUUUUUGAAUUGGUGGUGUUUCUCGUCAGUCCUUUCUACGGCAAAAAUAUGAAUAAAUUUGGACCGAAACUCAUGUUAAAUGGAGGAAUUCUCACCGCCGGCACCUGCGUCAUAUUAUUUGGCUUCCUGGACAGAAGUGACGGAAGAGAACCGUUCAUAUUGCUGUCUCUCAUCAUCCGAAUAAUUGAAGCACUCGGCAAUGCUGCUUUUGUGACGUCAAGUUUUGCCAUCAUCGCCAAAGAAUUUCCUGACAACGUUGCGACAGCUUUUGCGAGUAUUGAGACUUGUUUUGGUCUGGGGUUGAUCGUCGGACCAACCAUCGGAGGAGGCCUAUAUCAGAUCGGAGGUUUCACAACGCCGUUCGCUGUGCUAGGUUUUGUUCUCUUCGCAGUGGCCGUAAUUACGAUAUUUGUACUUCCUGUUAAUAAUGGCUUGCAAGAAACUGAUUUUAAUACGAAAGGAAAGUUAAUGAAAGUUUUGAGCAUUCCUGGAGUUAUGUUAGCUGCAACGUCGGUUGUGGCAACCAGCAUGAGUAUAGGCUUUCUACAAGCCACCCUUGAGCCGCACCUGCACCAAUUCAAACUCACCCCCGUUCAGGUGGGCUUAAUGUUUGUUAUUAACGGAGGCACAUACGCCUUGUCGGCUCCAGCUUGGGGCUGGCUCUGCGACAAACGAGCGAAGCCGAAAGCGGCAACAGUAGUCGGUUGCCUUCUGGUAGUCAUCGGCUUUGGUCUUAUCGGACCGGUGCCCUUCAUCUUCGAAAAAACUAUUCUUUGGCUCACGAUUACUGGACUGACUCUACAUGGCUUAGGAAUGGCUGCUCAGCUCGUCGCUGGUUUCUCUGAUGCUCUACAAACAGCUAUGGAUCACGGAUUCCCUAACGAUAUCGAGACUUACGGCUUAAUAAGUGGGUUGUGGACAAGUACCUUUGCCCUCGGAGCAUUCAUUGGACCGACCAUCGCCGGUAUUUUAUGCGACAACGUAGGCUUUCGUUAUGCUUCCAUUCUCAUUUGCGUGCUUCAUCUCAUUGUCGGCAUCAUCACUUCAAUAUUUCUUUAUUGCAAGAGGAGAGAAUCGAAGCUCUAUAAAGAGCUUGGCAUAACAGAUCGUCUUUUCACUGACCGUACCAGGUCGAGCCGCCUCAGGAACGCACAAGAGACUGACAUUCAAAUUAUUUCAGUCAAGCCGCCAGGUUCCAUAAACUCACUGGUUUUAUGCGGCAGCUACUCCAAUCAGAGCAAUGGUUGGAUGAGAAUAUCGAACAGCAAUCGCUUUGGCUACGAAAGUUUUUGGUAAAUUAAAAAUCGUCAAUCACCGGAAAGGAUGCUUGGAGCCACAGGCAGAAAUAAUAUAAUUAGAAAUAUAAUCGAGCUUUUAUAGCCACUCCUUGCUGUUGUUAUUACUAUACUCGGUUUCCAAUAAAAUCGAAAGGUCCACAUCAAAAUAAAAAUUACACGACGUUACAGAGAAUAAUCUUACAGUAUCAGAAAAAUUCAGAAAAAUAAUGUAAGUUCCAGCGCUAUUACUUCUGUUA